GCGCGCUCCUCGCAGUCGCCAGCUCCCCGCCACUCGCCGCUCCGCUCCGCACCGCUCCGCAUCACCCCGCUCCGCUCCGCAAGGCACCGCACGACAUGGCAGCGGCGGCAUCUGCGCCCGCAAGACGAAAAGGUGUUGCCGAAAAGGCGUUGCCUGAAAAUAAAAAUGCACAGGGAUCAAAGGCUUUAACAAGGCGACUCCGAUUCACGAAUGAAACAGAACUUACUGAUCAAGUAUCAGCAAAUCUCUUUUUACCUUGUUCCAUUGCUCUGAAGAUGGGGAUAACAUUACCGGGGGCGUGGCUGGCGCUGGGCGCGGUGCUGCUAGCGCUGGCCGCCGUGGCGCUGGUGGAGGGCGCCGACUACUCCGACCUGCGCGGGGACUACUGCGCGCGCUCGCGCGGGGACCGCAAGUGCUGCAGGGACCGCCGCGACGACUGCUCCGUGCCCAUCCUCGGCACGCUCUGUUACUGCGACGAGUUCUGCAACCGCACGCGCAACGAGGACUGCUGCCCCGACUACUGGGCGCACUGCCUGGGCAUGGAGCCCCCGCCGCAGCUCGUCUUCGGUUGUCGCCAUGAAGGUCGAGAUUUAAGAAUCAACUGUAACUUGUGCACAUGCUCGGUGGCGGGCGGCGCGGGGCCUGAGGUGCUGUGCGAGACGGCCGCGUGCCUGGUGGAGCCCGAGGUGAUCCGCGGCGUGAACGCGCGCCACGACGCGGGCGCCAUCGGCUGGCGCGCCGGCAACCACAGUGCCUUCUGGGGGCGGCGCCUCGAUGAGGGGCUCUCGCUGCGCCUCGGCACGCUCCAGCCGCAGCGCACGGUGCGGCGCAUGCGGCCGAUCCGGCGCUGGGAGAACCACGGCUCGCGCAUCCCGUCCCACUUCGACGCGCGCCGGCGCUGGCAGGGCCGCAUCACGCCCGUGCGUGACCAGGGCUGGUGCGGCGCGUCGUGGGCGCUCAGCACGGCCGCCGUCGCGUCCGACCGCUUCGCCAUCAUGAGCGCGGGCGAGGAGCACCCGGCGCUGGCGCCCAUGCACCUGCUCGCCUGCAACACGCGCGGCCAGCGCGGCUGCGGCGGCGGCUACCUCGACCGCGCCAGAAUAUAUUGCAAUAAGCUGGUGGCCAAUUCGUGGGGCGAACAGUGGGGCGAGCAAGGCCUCUUCCGCAUCAGGCGCGGCUCCAACGAGUGCGAGAUCGAAGACUUCGUGCUGGCGUCCUGGGCGGACACCGUCAUGCCCCCGGUGGAGAAAAUGAAGCACAACGGAAACGCUCACAGCAACGUCAUCUGAUCUCCCUGGCCGACCUACCCGCAUCACCGAGUCUGUGAUCUUCACAAACGCACGAAAUCCUAGUGCCUAUGGCGGCGUAUCGUAUGAAGACGAUCAAUGUAAUCUUCAGCACUGCCAUUAUUCAUCUGCAUUUUAAAAAACUCUACUUGAAAGCGCUUGAGGACGAAAAAUCUGGUGUGCUUCGAUUUUUAUAUAACACUCGCGAGACCACAACGAUGUGGAAUAUUUUUUCAAAUGUUGAAGUGUUCAUUAAAUUAUAAGAUGAAGACACAUUAAAGCGGCGUUCCUGACUACAAAGUGCUCUUGUGUGUUCAUACGGCUUAUGUCUUGUACGAACAGUAAAGACGUGAAUAACAGAACUGAUGAAGUGAUGCCUUUUUGGUUUACGAAGGACUUCUAGAAAUUAAGCUCAAAUUAUUUAUGUCGCUGUAAGUGUUGCUUUCUUUAAGUGUCAAGUAUAUACUCAGCACGUGUGUAUCUUAGUUGGUAGAUCUCAUAUGUUUUCAUGACUUACUCAAAUUUAAUUUUAAUAAUUAAUUAUAAGGCAAUUACAACUUUGUAAAAAUUUAUCUAAAUUUCAAAUGGCAGUAUUACUUGACUAUUGUAAUAUUAAUAACCGAAAGUUUUGCUUUGUGGAAUCUAACAAAGAACAGCAUGGAAAUAAGAUUAAGUUCCUUAUAAAGUGAUUUUUGUAUUAUAAAGUUAAGGAAAGUACUUUUACAGUGAAUAAUUAUAUUGUAAAUAGUUAAAUAUUAUUCUCCACAAUUAUAUGUUAAGUUUUGUAAUAUUAAUGCGUAUAAAGCUAAUAAAAUUUCCAUU